CUCUAAUCUGUCAUUACAACACAGAUUAGUUAGAGAGACUUUGUUGCUACAGAACUUAAAAUAGUCCUUUUGUGAUAUUGUACAAUUGUUAUUCGUUCUGAAUAAUAAGUUAACGUAUAAAUGAAUAUUUUUACGUUUAAUUCUUGUUGGAGAUACACGCUUCGCGUCGCUUUAAUAAAUCAUAACAGUGCUGUAAAAAAUAUACAAUUAUUAAAAAUCCAAAAUAGAAGUGGUUCUACAAUGUCUGAAAAAUUCAAGUUACCUGCACGGUACGGCACUGGAGACAAAAGUGUCUGGGUGGAGUACAUUGCACUAGCUUCAGAAUACAAACCAGCUGUGAACCUUGGACAGGGGUUCCCCGACUAUCAUGCACCAGAACAUGUCACUAAAGCUCUUGCUGAAAUCACCACUGGUGAUAAUCCAUUGCUGAACCAGUAUACCAGGGGUUAUGGUCACCCAAGACUAGUGCAGAACUUAGCAAAAUUAUACUCGCCAUUAGUAGGAAAACAAAUAGAUCCAUUAAAUGAAAUAUUGGUUGGCAGUGGAGCGUAUGAAGCUUUAUUCUCUGCCAUUUUAGGUCACGUGGACAAUGGUGAUGAGGUGAUUGUCAUCGAGCCAUUCUUCGAUUGCUACGACUAUAUGAUAAAAUUCGCUGGUGGCAUCCCUAAAUUUAUUGCUUUACAACCUAGAACGAAUAAAAGUGACAUAACCUCAGCAGACUGGGUCCUUGAUGAGAAAGAACUGCGCUCACUCUUCAACCCUCGCACCAAAAUGAUAAUCCUCAACACCCCCCACAACCCGCUUGGCAAAGUUUUCACACAGCAAGAAUUGGAACUGAUCGCGGACUUGUGCAAGAAACACAAUGUGCUCUGUCUCUCCGAUGAAGUUUAUGAAUGGAUGGUGUUCAAACCACAUAAACAUAUCAGAAUAGCCAGCCUGCCCGGGAUGUGGGAGCGAACCAUCACGAUAGGGUCAGCGGGCAAGACCUUCUCCGUGACAGGAUGGAAGAUCGGCUGGGCGUACGGGCCCGCCAACUUGAUGACGAAUCUCCAAGUGGUGCAUCAGAACUGCGUGUACACUUGCUGCACUCCUGUACAGGAAGCCGUAGCCCGCAGUUUCGAGUUUGAACUAGCUCGUUACAACUCACCAGAAUGCUACUUCGUCUCAUUGGCCCACGAGCUUCUCGCUAAAAGAGACUACCUUGUGAAGGUACUAAAGGAGAGCGGGUUCAAGCCUACAGUACCGGAUGGUGGUUACUUCAUUAUUGCCGACUGGACUGAUUUAGAAAAGAAAAUAGACCUAGUCUCCGAGAAGGAUAAAUAUAAAGACUAUCGAUUCACGAAAAAGUUCGCGAAAGAGGCCGGGGUGCUGACUAUACCGCCUAGUGCUUUUUACUCAGAGGAACAUAAACACUUAGGAGAGAAAUACGCCAGAUUCUGCUUUAUCAAGAAAGACGAGAAUCUUGCUUUGACUGAGAAAUUAUUAAAAGAAUGGAGCAGCAAGAAAACAGAUCGCAUACAUUGAAUGCAACUUGUGAUAGUAUAUUUAAGGUGUCUCAGUAACAAUACAUAUAUAUUAAACAGUAGAAUCGAUUCUGAAGCGCCAUUUCUCUAAACGUAUCAUUCAAAUUUCAAUUUAAUCUUUGUUCUAAGGACCAAUCUAAAUUGCUUAUAUAUUUAAGUCGAAAUUAUUAAUUUAUUCUGGCCCAUACAUCAGCAAUUUUGCGGAAUUAUCAAAAUAAAAUAUUAAAUUCAGAGAUAGGUAUAGAGGAAUGCUAGCUUUAAAUCGACUCCAAUAUCGAAAUACUGAUGUGGUAAAUUUAUUGAAGUCCGUGAUAAUGAUUUUAUAUUUACCUAAAAAAAAAACAAA